CAUAUACACACACAGAGAGACACAUAGGCUUGUUGCCUUCUCUACCAGGUCUCCAAGGCUGCCUAUGUAUAAGGUACUGGGCAGAGUACCACAAAACAUUUAUUUCUCAGAGUGUGAGAUAAUAACAUUACUUAGGCUUUUCACUUAUAAAAGAGACAAUGCAACUUUCCUCAUACCUCCAGCAGGUAUAUCCUUGUUCCAUUCCCAUAUUAGUCUAAGUUUUUCAGCAUCCUCCCAACUUUGCUCCAUUAAGUAUAUCAAGUGCUAAAGACUUGGAGCUCAUUCAGUGCAUGCAGAAAGUCAAUUAUAUCCACCAGUAGAGUGUAAAAGGCAUGGAAGCUUGAGAUGUAUUUAUAGGUUACAGCCUUUAGGUGGAAGCUUGCCAAUUUUCAGUCCAGCAAUCUAUAGGAAUGCUUAACAGGAUGUCGGCUAAGUCCAGGGGAGCCAUUCCAAAUGGGAAGCACGCUUUAAGUGGAUUUAUAGUGAUGUGAAUGUCAAAGUUAGCUCCAAGUUAAAUGAAACUAAUUGGACCCUGUAGAACAGAGGUUGUAAACUGGGAUCUCAGGACCAUAUCUAGGCCACAGAUGGGUCUCAUUUUGUCCAUAAUUGGGCCACCCAGUUCUAAAGAAGAAUUAAUAGCUCAAAACUUGAAAACUUGAAAGUCAAUUUUAUAUGAACAUGUAAGACUCUCUCUCUCUCUCUCUCUCCCCUCUGUCUCUCUGUCUCUCUGUCUUUGUCUCUAUCUCUCUCGCUUUCUCUCAAUAUGUGGACAUGUAUGAAAUUUGCAUGCUCUAUCUAUGUCAAUCCAUAAUAGUCAGGACUACUUGUGGUGACAGUUGUCUAAGUUUCAGAUAGUCCUUUAGGAAGGUCAUAUGUUCUAUGGUUUAUCACCAUCCACACCAAUCCUUAUUAUAUAUUCUUUAUUAUAACUUGAUCAUGUCCCCAUUUAAUGUUCUGUGUAUUUGUACUUCAUUCUCCCACUUCAUAGAAUUCUCAUUGCUUGUAGUAAUACAUGUGUCAAAAUAACCUCCUGCUUGAAUGAAAUCAGAUAGAUCCUUUAGAAGGUACUCCUGGAUCCUAGGAGUGUAGUUGCCAAUGUUUCUUCCCACUGGAAAACGUACUCAGGCAAUAGAAGAAGCUGAUGAAUGCUGCAGACUGAGGAGCUACUGUGUCAGCUCUGAAAAGCAUCAAAAGGACAUGUUCACCUCUGGAGUUUUGUUUAUCUAUCUCAGUACUUGUCAGAGCAGGUGGUCCCACUAGCUUUGAAUGGCCUUAGGCUUAGAAAGAGCAGAUGGCAUGGACAGAAUUGACCUUUUAUCCCUCUCAUCUUGAGUGGCUUUUUCAGAGUAGACAAAAAGGAUUCCCAGAAAGACUCAGGUAGAAAGAAUUGUAGCCAGAACUCAGUAAGUCAGUGAGAGAGUGGGAGCCUUACACUAAAGCCUCAUGACCUGCAGAAAAUGUCUGAGAAGCAAAGAAAGGGAGUGCUUAAAAGCAUGUCAUAUCCAGGGAAGCAAAAGCUAUAUCAGGUCCUAGUUCCAGUCCAAAGUCCAACACGAGUUCUGAUAUAUUCCUUUUCAAUUGGGUAGCAGACCCUCAUUUGAAAAUGUAGAUUAGGUUAAUGAAGUGCUCAGCCAUAAAUGGGACAUUUACAUAAUUCCCAUCCUAUUUCAUUCACCCUAAAGGCUUAGGGACCACAGAAGAAGAGGGGAUAGAAAGAUUAUGAGAGGUAGAGGAUGGGUAGGACUGAACUGAAACAAUGUUUUCUGUAGAUCACAGGGCUGCUUUACUCAUUUGCUCAAAGCAGGUGUGGUUGUCUGCAUAAGACCUACACAAGAUCAAUCUCAUUCAACAUCCUAGCAUGGAGGAAUGCGAUGCUCAUGAGUUCUUACCUCUAACUGAAGAGCUAUGAAUAUCUGAUAUCUUCUAGGGGUGGACAGUCAGUUUGCUUUAGAAGUGUGGUCCCUGAUAUGUCCACCACAGUCUGGGACAUGGCCCUAUACUCAACAGUAUGGCAGCACAAAUUGGACUGGGUAGGCUGUUAAAUAAAAAAAAAAAUAAGGCUGGAAAGAUGGCCCAGUGCUUAAGAACACUUGUUGCUCUUUGAGAGGACCUAAGUUCAGUUCCCAGCACCCGAAGAACAGGUCACAACCAUAAAAACUCCAGGUCUUGAGGAUACAAUGCCCACUUCUGUCCUUCAUGAGGAUGAAGCAUGCAUAAUAGUGUAAGUACAUACAUUCAGGCAAAACACACAUGCACUUAAAUAAGCAAAAACUUAAAUAUAAAAAAGAAGAUAUGAAUUUGGGAGGAAUUGGGACACAGAAGGAAGGAUCUGGGAGAAAUUAGGGGGAGAAAUGGGGGCCAAAUUACAAUCACAAUGUACUGUAUGAACAAAUUACAAAAGAAUUAAGAAGUGUAUUUAAAGAAGAAAGUAGAGACUAGACCUUGAUAAUCUUUUGAAACUCUCUGGCAGAUCCUCAUCAAAGUAGAGGAUAGCUGAAGACAGUUAUUUCCUCAAGGGCAGGUCCCAAAGGUGUGCUUAAGGGUAUCCACAGUGUCUGUCUUGGAUCUAUAAACAAUUGCACUUAAUUCUUCUACAGUCUGGCCUUUGCAAUGGCUGUAAUAUGUUCUGAUCUACUUACUCUUUCCUCCUUGUCUCACUUAGUUCCAGCUCUGUUCUGGGAAUUUGCCAAGCAAAUUUCACUGAGGACAUUGCUUCACCCUGUAAUGACCUUUUCUUUAUUCUGGAAGGAUCCUAUCCAAGGCUCUGUCUGAGGCUGCCCCAGUUCCUUUAUAUCAUCACAGUCCCCUGCACAUGGUCAUUCCCAAAGUUGCCUGAUUUAGUGGUUGACGUCCUGGCUCUGUCAUGUACUGAGAGUCACACAGUGUUCAAGGAGGAAGAUAGUACAAGAGUCCUGUUGUUUUCGGUUCUUCCCAAGUCAGUAAACCACCUACAUCAAGAAAAUUUUAUCUUAUUCCCAGGUGUGAGCAUUGCAGAGCACUUAACUUCUGAGUCCAUAUAAAGAAGAUGAAAAUAAUGCUUAUCUCAGAAUGUUACAAACUAUGUUAAUCAUAUCACCAGUGUACUGUGAUUCUAGGCCCAGAACCUGAUAUGCAUACAAUAAGCCCCAAUCUGAAAAAGGGGCUGCAUUCAUUUUUAUACUAGAAGUUGAUGUUUAAGCCUUGCACAUGCAAGGAGAAUCAGUCCAGGAGUCAUGUGUUUUUAUGCCUGGCCUUUGGCAUCCUAUGAGUGCCAUGUUUUAAAAAAGGAACUGUCACUUCUGUGAGAAAUGAAAAUGGUGCUACUUGGCUUUCAGAGAGCAUAUGUCUGUGUUGCUUUGGCUAAUAAAUGAGGGUGGGAUAGAAUGGAGAUGUUUCUGGAAACAUCAGAAAGCACUAUGCAAAUGUUAGCUCUUCAUUAUUCUUCCUAACACCAACAGCUUCUUUUCUCCAGUGGCAGCCCAGAGCCACUUGCUGCCCUGAUAACAGUGGCCCAGAUGUUGUCAACAUCUGUCUGUUUCUCUGGGCCUUUUACAGAGAGCUAGUGAACAAAGGAGGGAGGAAAUAUCUUAUUACAGAAUCAUUGGAACAUGUUUUACCACCUCCUUUUCCUGCCCAUCCCCAACAGACACCCCCUUCAACUCCCAGAGGAGGAAUAAUUCUCAUUCAUCUUUAUGCUUAGGGUGUUGUGUUCAACGCCUGGAUUUUGAAGAUGCUUAGGAAACACUGGAUGUAUUAGGUUCAAAGGAUCGUGAAUUUUUGUUCAGGGAGCAGAACUGUCAGCCAAGUAGGGCAGAUUCUAAUUACACAGGUGGAUAUAAGAGUAGUUUGGGAUUUUGGAAUCUGAGUCUAUGAUUCUUUUGCUGAUAGAUCCUGAUCAAUACAAAUUAACCCUCUGUGCCGGUUUUCAUUUCAACAAAGUGAUGCAUCUAACUUUUAUGAAGAAUUCUUUGCUUGAUUCAUCUUUAUGUAUUAUCAAGUAUCUUACAGCUGGGAAGGACUGAAGAAAGUUUAAAAUUUGCAUAUAAAUUAGGCAUCAUUUAUUUCCUGUUUGUGCAUUUCUACUUGAGAGGUUGUAGCAUGGAGAAUAAUUGCUAGUAUCUUUGAAUUUCUAUUUUGUACCAGGAAUUCUACGCAUCCAUUGGUAAUCCCAUCUGAACAUUCUAACAGUUCUUACAUGUGGGCAACAAUAUUCCUCUUCCUCUGUUAGAUAAGAAUCAAAGUAAGGCCACUUUCUCAAGUUCUAAGUAUUGUCUUAAAUAUUGUAUACAGCAUUUUUCUGUUUCUUUGUUUGUUUUAUAAAGGCAUUGUUUCUUGGAGAUUAAUUUUCCUAGUGUUGUUAGGGGAAAGUCUAGUCAAUAAACUCAACAGUCCUGAAAGUGGUGUUCUGCCCUGUUAUGUUCAGUGUCCUACCCUAAAAAUGAUUCUUUUCUAAGUGAAAAAUCAGUGGAAGAGGAACCCACAGCUCUUCUUGAGUUUUUCUACCCCAAGGAGCCAAUGAGGUUCUCAUGUAUCUCUGAACAUUCUCAGUUAAAGUCAUCAGGGCCAAGUGAGACAUGUAUGGCACCUGUAAUAGUGACUUGGAAUUUAUCAGCUCAUAAUACUUUUAUAAGCUGUUCAGCACUAGGAUGACCCUUGGAGAUCUUCCAUUCUAACUGCAUUCUUUAUGGAUGGGAAAACUUAGGCUUUGAGACAAAAAAUAAGGACUUGAUUACUGCAAUUUAUCAGCACUAGCAUCAGACUCACUUGGAGUUGAAUUCUGUGUCUUAUAUCUCUGGUAUUGCACUGUCCUUCUCUGUGACUGCUUUCAGAGGGAAUGCAACCUUUCAUGCUUAUUCUCUUAUUUCAGCCAUGCAAGUCUCAGAUACUGAGGGGACAGCUGGGGGUCUGGAAAAUCACUGGUCUGAGCCUAGGGGAGGCUGAGUCUCCAUGCAUGUACUUCUUUCUUUCUUCGACUGAACGAGGAAAAGGGUAUUAUUAUCCUAACACUCUCUUCUCUCUAUCCUGGAGUUCUAAGAGAUGGUGGAAACUUUGCCAUGUGGUGACAGUUAUACCAUGAUUUCACAGCAUCACAGGCCCUGAUCCAGGAUUUUUGGGAAACAAAAUUGUGAGUCUUCUGGGAGAUGGGCUAGCCUAAGAUGAAUAGUCACUCUAGGGGCUGUGGACAGGAGAUUCCUGAACAGCAAAUGUUUGGUGACUUCUUCUUUCCAGAUGAUGUAAUAACUCACAUAAAGUGAUGUUGAUGUAGGACACAGCAUAGCAUAACGCAACACAAUACAGCACAUCACAGCACAGCAUAAUACAGGGAUGGAGGUGAGUGUUUACAGCUGCUUGGAGCUAGGCUUUUCCCUCAUGCCCUGUUUUUCCCUUGAGAAAAUCAGUCUCUCCGAGACCCAAUGUCUUUACAUGUAAAACUAAUCAUAAAUGAAUAUAGAUACUAGAACCUAACUUAUGAAAUGUUUUAAAUAAUUAAUUAAUACAUGGAAAGGCAUGGUGGUUCAUGCCUGUAGUCCCAUUACGCUGGAGGCCAUCAUUUGAAUUUCCAAUUCAGAGGUUGCCUGGAUUCUAAAUAUUGAGACAUUGUCUCAAAAGAAACUAAACAAAAAAAAAAAAGAAUCAAUGAAAACAAUACAUGCAAGUUGUUUAAACAUGGUCUUCCAUAGUUCCGAUAUAAUUCUAUGUUUUGUCAUCCAAAUCCAAAAAUUUGAUAUCAACUGUCAGACCCAUAAUACCUAUUUUGUUUGCAUUUCUAGAAAAACUUUAUUGCUGCUUUAAUAACACCUUACAUUUAUGCAGCACUUACUAGAUGUCAGACACUCUAACCAAACAACAUAUAUUAACUUAUCAUACCCACAUAACAUUACUAUGAGGUAUAUGCUGUUAUUGUAUUCAUUUCAGAAGUGAGGCAACAAAGGAAAGAGAGAGUCCUUUAUAUAGUAUCAGGAAUAGAACUGGGAGUCUGAUUUAAGAACUGGGUCUUGCCAUGCCCUGUUGAAUCUUGAAGUCCAUCUUUCUAUGAAAGAGGUGCCGGAGAUAAGACAUAGUGACCAGAGUAGAUAUGGCCUCUAUCCUCAAGCAGAGUAGAAUACAGUGAAGAAUGAGAGUCACUGUGAGGGCCAUCCUCCAGGAUAAUAAAAGCUACCCUCAAUCGCUCUCUUUUUUAUGACAGGUUUUGGACAUGUUUCUAACAAACAGUGUGGUUUUCCACCAACUGCCAGCUUCUCUACAUUUCUUUCUCAGGUCUGAAACUUUGUGCUCAGCAGUAGUAACCACAAAGCCCAGUUCAUACUGCUUCAAGAAGGUAGUUCCAUGGCUUUCUGUGUAUUAUUUAAGAAGAGAAUACACCUUGAUUUUGGAGAAUGAUAGAAGGCAGUGUGGAAAAUGGGUCCCCUGUGCACCGAGGGAGGACUCAUUGCACUGCUGCUCCUGUUGCUGGUGUUCACAGUGGCACUGUAUGCCCAGCGGCGCUGGCAGAAGCGCCGGCGCAUCCCCCAGAAGAGCGCAAGCACUGAAGCCACUCACGAGAUUCACUACAUCCCAUCAGUGCUGCUGGGCCCUCAGGCCAGGGAGAGCUUCCGCUCCUCCAGGCUUCAGGCACACAACUCAGUCAUUGGUGUACCCAUCCGGGAGACACCCAUCCUGGAUGACUAUGACUAUGAAGAGGAGGAGGACCCACCCAGGCGGACCAACCAUGUCUCCCGUGAGGAUGAGUUUGGUAGCCAGAUGACCCAUGCCCUGGACAGCUUGGGACGGCCAGGAGAAGAGAAAGUGGACUUUGAGAAGAAAGCAGCAGCUGAGGCGACACAGGAGACAGUGGAGUCCCUGAUGCAGAAGUUCAAGGAGAGUUUCCGCGCUAACACGCCAGUGGAGAUCGGUCAGCUGCAGCCAGCCUUGCGCAGUGCCUCUGCAGGGAGGAGGAAGCGGAGGAGCAAGUCUCGAGGGGGAAUCAGCUUUGGGAGAACCAAGGGGACAUCAGGCUCAGAAGCAGAUGACGAAACACAGCUGACAUUCUACACAGAGCAGUACCGCAGUCGUCGCCGCAGCAAAGGUUUAUUGAAAAGCCCAGUGAACAAGACAGCCUUGACAUUGAUUGCUGUGAGUUCUUGCAUCUUGGCCAUGGUGUGUGGCAACCAGAUGUCCUGUCCACUUACUGUGAAGGUGACUUUGCAUGUGCCAGAGCACUUCAUUGCAGAUGGGAGCAGCUUCGUCGUGAGUGAAGGAAGCUACUUGGAUAUCUCUGACUGGCUAAACCCUGCCAAGUUGUCCCUAUACUACCAGAUCAAUGCCACCUCUCCAUGGGUGAGAGAUCUCUGUGGACAGAGGACGACAGAUGCCUGUGAACAGCUCUGUGACCCAGAAACUGGGGAGUGCAGUUGUCAUGAAGGCUACGCCCCUGACCCAGUUCACAGACAUCUGUGUGUUCGCAGUGACUGGGGGCAAAGCGAAGGACCUUGGCCUUACACAACACUGGAGAGGGGCUAUGAUCUGGUGACAGGAGAGCAGGCCCCUGAAAAGAUUCUCAGGUCUACUUUCAGCUUGGGCCAAGGCCUCUGGCUUCCGGUCAGCAAAAGCUUUGUGGUUCCACCGGUGGAGCUGUCCAUCAACCCCCUGGCCUCCUGCAAGACGGAUGUGCUCGUCACAGAAGACCCUGCAGAUGUCAGGGAAGAAGCAAUGCUGUCCACCUACUUUGAAACCAUCAAUGACCUGCUGUCCUCCUUUGGUCCAGUCCGUGACUGCUCAAGGAACAAUGGGGGCUGCACCCGAAACUUCAAGUGUGUAUCUGACCGCCAGGUGGACUCCUCAGGAUGUGUGUGUCCUGAGGAACUGAAGCCCAUGAAGGAUGGCUCAGGCUGCUAUGAUCACUCCAAGGGCAUCGACUGCUCUGAUGGCUUUAAUGGAGGGUGUGAGCAGCUUUGCCUGCAACAGACACUGCCUCUGCCCUAUGAUGCCACCUCCAGCACCAUCUUCAUGUUCUGCGGUUGUGUGGAAGAGUACAAGCUGGCUCCUGAUGGGAAAUCCUGUCUAAUGCUCUCAGAUGUCUGCGAGGGACCCAAGUGCCACAAACCUGACUCCAAAUUCAAUGACACCCUCUUUGGAGAGAUGCUACAUGGUUACAACAACAGGACCCAACAUGUAAACCAAGGCCAAGUCUUCCAAAUGACCUUCAGGGAGAACAAUUUCAUCAAGGACUUCCCCCAGCUGGCAGACGGGCUGUUGGUGAUCCCGCUGCCUGUGGAAGAGCAAUGCCGGGGGGUCCUCUCCGAGCCCCUUCCCGACCUUCAGCUGCUCACUGGAGACAUCAGGUAUGACGAGGCCAUGGGUUACCCCAUGGUGCAGCAGUGGCGUGUCCGGAGCAACCUCUACCGUGUGAAGCUGAGCACCAUCACUCUCUCAGCAGGUUUCACCAAUGUCCUAAAGAUCCUGACCAAAGAGAGCAGUCGGGAUGAGCUGCUGUCCUUCAUCCAGCACUAUGGCUCCCACUACAUCGCAGAGGCCCUGUACGGUUCCGAGCUCACCUGCAUCAUCCACUUCCCCAGUAAGAAGGUCCAGCAGCAGCUAUGGCUCCAGUAUCAGAAAGAGACCACGGAGCUGGGCAGCAAAAAGGAACUGAAGUCCAUGCCCUUCAUCACCUACCUCUCCGGUCUACUGACAGCCCAGAUGCUUUCAGAUGACCAGCUCAUCUCAGGUGUGGAGAUUCGAUGUGAGGAGAAGGGCCGCUGUCCAUCUACCUGUCACCUUUGCCGCCGGCCAGGCAAAGAACAGCUGAGCCCCACCCCAGUGCUUCUGGAGAUCAACCGUGUGGUACCACUUUACACCCUCAUCCAAGACAAUGGCACGAAGGAGGCCUUCAAGAGUGCACUGAUGAGUUCCUACUGGUGUUCUGGGAAAGGAGACGUGAUUGAUGACUGGUGCAGGUGUGACCUCAGUGCCUUUGAUGCCAGUGGGCUUCCCAAUUGUAGCCCACUUCCACAGCCGGUGUUACGGCUUUCUCCAACAGUGGAGCCUUCCAGCACUGUAGUUUCCCUAGAAUGGGUAGAUGUUCAGCCAGCCAUUGGGACCAAAGUCUCUGACUAUAUACUGCAGCACAAGAAAGUGGAUGAAUACACAGACACUGACCUGUACACGGGAGAAUUCCUGAGUUUUGCUGAUGACUUACUCUCUGGCCUGGGCACAUCUUGUGUAGCAGCUGGUCGAAGCCAUGGAGAGGUCCCUGAAGUCAGUAUCUACUCAGUGAUCUUCAAGUGCUUGGAACCGGAUGGUCUUUACAAGUUUACUCUGUAUGCUGUGGACACUCGAGGGAGGCACUCAGAGCUCAGCACAGUGACUCUGAGGACAGCUUGUCCACUGGUGGAUGACAAUAAAGCAGAAGAGAUAGCAGACAAGAUCUACAAUCUCUACAAUGGUUACACCAGCGGCAAGGAACAGCAAACUGCUUACAACACACUGAUGGAGGUCUCUGCCUCCAUGCUCUUCCGAGUCCAGCACCACUACAACUCCCACUACGAAAAGUUUGGUGACUUUGUCUGGAGGAGUGAGGAUGAGCUAGGACCCAGGAAGGCACACCUGAUCCUGCGGCGGUUGGAGAGGGUCAGCAGCCAUUGUUCUAGUCUCUUGCGAAGCGCCUACAUUCAGAGCCGUGUGGAUACCAUACCCUAUCUCUUCUGCCGCAGUGAGGAGGUCCGGCCCGCAGGAAUGGUGUGGUACAGCAUCCUCAAGGACACCAAAAUCACAUGCGAGGAGAAGAUGGUGUCCAUGGCCCGAAACACGUAUGGGGAGACCAAAGGCCGGUGAGGGAGGGUACAACCCUCCUAGAGCACAGAGACGCUCUUAGGGGGAGCACUGCUUUCAUGGAUCCUGGGGCCUGGGUGGGCUGGGGGACAGUUGAAGGGCCUGGCACAAGACACUUGCCAGCAAGGCCAAAGCAAACUGUUUCUCCGUGGACAGACAGCAGAGAACUUUGUAACCAAUGGAAUUAUUCAUUUUUUUCUCUUUUAUUUUUUCUAAGAUAUUAUUUGACUCUAUCAAAUGUCUCUCCUUUUUAAAUCUUUUCUUAUGGAUGGAAGUCAUUGUGGAAGCAACAGCUUUCAGGCGGAGACCAAGUAGCCUUUCCUCUUCUUCCUCCCUUUUGCCAUGGACCCCUGGAAGGAGGCCUGUGGAGAGACAAUUUGACUACUUCAACAUUAGCAAGGAUGCCCUAGAACCGUUGCAGCAAGGAAGCUUGGGUCUUUAGGCCUUCUCCCUCCCUCCUUUUCCUCCUCACCUUUCUUCCUCCUCUUCUCCCUCUCCUUUCUCCUCUCUCUCUCUCUCUCUCUCUCUCUCUCUCUCUCUCUCUCUCUCUCUCUCUUCCUGGACACUAUUGAGUUUGCUGGCCCACUGCUUCUUUCUGCUCCCUGUGGGUCUCUACAGGACUUUCUGUGCAUUAAAAUUCCUAUUGUCUCUC